UUUUAUAAAAUGAAUAAUAAAUCGCGAAAUAUGUAAAAAAAAAAAUAAAAGUAUGUGAUAUGAAAUAAAAUAAAAUAUUUGCAGGACAGCAUUAAUACUUUAAUGUAAUCUUUAGGGAAUAAUUUCUCCGAAAUUUGUAUUUUAUUUAUAACAUCUACACGUACACAAAACGUGCACGCGCGCACACAUACAUCGGAUAAGUCAGUAAUUCCUUAAUACAUAUACCUAGGGUGCAAAAAUCAAUAGUACGUGUCACAAUGUCUACCGUGAUCUGUACUUAUCGUGUCAUACGUAUUGCAUUUUUGUACGCUUUUACGAUGUUUAUGGUAUAUAAUUAAAUUUAUUAAUACGAUCAUUACCAUUUGACGAAUAAUCGUUUAAAUUUGAUAAUAUACGUGAAUGUAAAAGUUGAAUUGUGACUGUAAAAAUCGACAUUUGAGUGGUGCUAUUGAAGGGAAUUGUUAAACGAUGGAUAAUGGAUUAGGAUAUUCGUAUCAUCUACCAUCAGCUGGUAUGAAUCUUAGGAUCAAAAAUAUGUUAUCUCAAUUUAGUGAUCUAUUUAGCGAAUUUAAUAAAUACAUCGCGCCAGCGUAUCAUCAUGAUCGUUGCGAAAGAUCGGUGCAAAUGCGCUUAUAUUCUAUGCACAAAAGAGAAUUUGUCAUGGUGUUUAUUGGCUUCUUUGCCUGUUUUGGAUUGUCUGUCUUUAUUGGACUUGCUGGUCCACCGAUAACUUCUACAACCGAACAAAAGGCACAUGUCAAUGAAAGUGAAACAGCUACUGGACCAUUUGUAUUGAAGACACCAGCUUUGUCACCAUACAGCCAACAAUUAUGGGUCAUUGCUAAAUUAUCUACGUUAAAUAAUGAUGAUGAAAGAUACGAUAAAGGUUUUCAAGUAAGCGUAUCAAUAGAUGGCAUCGGUAUUGAUCAUAAACUUAAUCCUAUACUACCAUUGGAAACUAUACACAAUAGAACAAGACAUCUAAAAUGCGAGAGGCAAUCUUGCGAGGAACUUGUCGUGGCUCAUCUUGGAUUUUUAGAUUACACUUACUAUAUGAUUACUGUACGUUUUCAUGGACUUGAAAGCUUCCACCAACGUUAUACAAUACGAGAUCUCACAUUCUACUUUAAAAAUUACAAUCCUGCAUUCACACAAAUUGAGAUAUGGUUUCGACUGAUCUUCUUACUGACUACCUUUGGAGUGAUGUGUUGGUUUGGUCACUCAUUGAGAAAGUAUCCAUUACAUGAUUGGUCAAUAGAACAAAAAUGGAUUUCUAUUCUUCUUCCAUUAUUAAUUUUAUAUAAUAAUCCUUUAUUUCCCAUGAUAUUUUUAAUAAAUUCUUGGGUACCUGGAAUGAUAGAUGCGAUUCUACAAACAACUUUUUUAUGUGCUAUUCUCAUGUUCUGGCUUUGUGUUUAUCAUGGUCUUAGACAGAACGAGAGGAGAUUAAUUACUUUUUAUUUACCAAAAAUGUUGGUCGUGGGUCUUCUUUGGGCGGCAGCUCUAACAUUGGCAACAUGGCUUCGUUGUACCGAAUUAGAGGAUCCAACAUACAAUUAUGUUCUUGAUACAUCAAAUUAUUAUGGUUUUAAAGUAUUCUUCUUUACAGUAGGUGGCUUUUACAUUGCAUAUCUUCUUCUACUUAUAUUAAAGGCAUACAGUGAAUUAAGAUCCAUGCCAUAUUUUGAUUUACGCUUAAGAUUUUUAACAUUACUUGCUGGAGUAGUUGCUGGUGUUUGCAGUUUAGUUACUUCUCGUCAAUUUGGUGCAGGAGUUCUUGAAGAUAGUUUUGCUUCGCGUCUUUCUACAUACUAUCGCACAUCAGCACAAUUUAUGGCUCUAUAUGGUCUUCUCAAUUUUUAUUUGUAUACAAUGGCAUAUGUUUAUGCUCCAGCACUACAACAAGUCUAUGGACAGCAUUCAUCCAUAAUGAAAGAUAAUCCUGCUUUUUCGAUGAUGAAUGAUUCAGAUGAAGAAGUUAUAUAUGGUUCAGAUGAAGACAGCAGACGGCUGUUAACUCGUUUACCAAAAAAUGUAGUGGACAGUGAUUGAAUAAUUUAGACCAAUAUUAUUAUUUUACAAUAUGGUUAUAUAAAAGAAUAAUUGAAUUAAAUGAAGAAACGAAAUGUGCAUUGGCAGACAAUUUUUGUAAAGAUUUGCAAAAAUACUGCCUUUUAGGUAUGGAGAAGGUAAUGUAAGAUAAUUCAUUUCAAAGAAAUAUUGUAUUUUUAAUAAUAAGAAAUUAAUUGCAAUUUACAGACUGUACAUAUGCCUUCUUGGAUUUUGGUAUUAAUCUAUUUAUUAUAGCUCAAAAAAGUAUCACAAUAAUCUAUUCGUAUUAAUCUGUUAUUAUUCUCGAUAAGUAUUAAUGGAUAGGUAUGAACGAGAUGGAAAGAACAUAUGAAUAAAUAAUUAACAAAGGAACUUAAAUUUCUUGGAUGACAUUGCGCAUUAGAUCAAUUAUAAAUGGCAAUUUAUAUUGUAAAAUUUAUUUAUAUGAAAUGUCAGUAUUAAUUAAUAUACUUUUGUGCUCUUAUUUGUAAAAUAUAGAAACAAUUUGCACCUUGAUAAUAUAUAUAUAUAUAUAUAUAUAUCAAGUGCAAAGUGCAAUAUUGAUAGAGAAACAUCAUUUCUUUAACUUUCACUCCUUACUUUUAAUUUAUUAUUAAUAUAAUAUUUAUACAAAUGUUUUAAUUCUGCAACCUUGACAAAGACUUAUGUAUAACAAAUUAGAAAACGUAUAGAAAAUUUCACAUGUACCAAUAUAAAAUACUAUUUACAAAAUUACUAAUUAUAAUUACUAAUUAUAAUAUAUGAUUAUGCUAAUUAAUAUAAGUAUAUUGGAAGGUAUCAUUAUAUAUCACUUAAUAUUGUAUUAAUAUCAAUAUCUAAUAUAUGUACGUACUUAAUACUUAGAUGUUUAUGAAUUUAUAAGAUUCAUUAAUUGUAAUUAUUCGAAUAAUAGUUCAUUUCUAAACUUAAAACAUUAAAGAUUGUUAAAGUUCAAUAUAGUACUGAUUAAUUGUUAACAAUGCGUAUUAGUGAUAUUGUUCAUUCUUAUUAAUGACAUUAAUAUAUAGGGCAAAUCAUAUUUUUAUAUGAUUAAUAAGUACAACAAAUUCUCUUUUAAAGUACAGUAAAAUUUAUAAUUUUAAAUUAGAGAUUUAACGUUUCGAAAUAAAUCUAAUAGUCAAAUAAAUAAAAUGUUCUGUUCUACGUACUUAAAAUGAUGUAUCGAUCAACGUGGAUGGUUUACAGCAUGAAACUUUUUUUUCAUUUAAUUUUACAUUAAAAAUAAUUAAAUCGUA